GUAAGAAGUGGUGGAAGGACGCCGCCGAUCCAUUCCAAUGUCUUGCCGCGUGCAUUGACUUAACUGAUGCGUACAAACUGGACGAUCCCACGGAACACCUCUCCUAUCUCCCAGUGCACCAGGUACGGCUCAACUUAUGGAGGGGCACGUGCAUUUGA